CCCAAUGUAACAAACAUUAAACAAGGGAUCAUUAAGAAUUUUAAAAAAAACAUACUUAUCGUGGAAACUGCUACAGUUCUACAUUUACGAUAGAACUAGAAUUAUAAUUCCACCGUCUGAUUCAUAUUGAUCUAAAACUCUUUGAAAUCAUCACCACAAUCACAACCGUUACUUAACUCCAACACCAAGUACCACCACGACAUACGAAUUUUCCCUCUCUGUCUCUCUCCCUACCUAUGACCAUUUUCUCUCCACAAUUAGCUUCUUUCUUUCUUCCAAACCCCCCCUAUUGUCUAAAAAUACCCUUCCAACAGAAAAAUCCGUUACCUCUUUUUUUAUGUGUCCUUGGUCUCCUCCCAUUUCUCCUCAUCUCCCAUUUCCCUUUUGCCCCUCGUUUCCAUUCAUUUCGCACUAACACAAGAAGAAAAAAGAACCAGAAACCAAAAAUCUCUGCCCCCAUACCCAAAAAAACUCUCCCCGGCACAACCUCACCCGCCGGCAACGCGGCUGCCCCAAAAACACUCUCCCCCUCUCAUCGCAUCAAUAUGAGCAACACCACCCACAGCACCAAUAACACCACCACCACCAUUUCCGUCGCUAAUACAUCAACAAGCAACAAUAGCUACAACAAAACCGACGCCAAACACAGAAUUGGCAACAACAACAACAAUAGCAACGGGUCGACCCCGGCUUGCGCGGCGUGCAAGUACCAACGCAGGAAGUGCGCCCCUGACUGCGUCCUGGCCCCUUAUUUCCCACACGACCGCCAGCGCCAGUUCUUGAAUGCGCACAAGCUGUUCGGGGUGAGGAAGAUCACCAAAAUCAUCGAGAAUCUCUCCACCCCGGCCGAGAAGGACGAGGCGAUGCGUGCCAUCAUAAUCCAAUCCGAUGUUCGAGCCAGCGACCCCGUGGGUGGCUGUUACAGGAUCAUACGGGAGCUGCAGCGCCAGAUCGAGUACGGCGAGGCUGAAUUGGCACUCGUCCUUCAUCAGCUCCACAUUUGCCGCCAACAACAACAACAACAACAGGAGCAUCAACAACAGCAGGAUCCCCAGCAGCAGCAGCAGCAGAGCACGAUGGAGAGCAACAUUGAUUCGGCGAUGAUGGCCGUGGGGUGUCUGGAUGUUUACAGUGAUCCAAUGUUGUUGCAGUUUCAUUGCGGUCAGCAGCAGGCACAACAACAGUCUGAUCAGCAUGAAGAACAAGAUCAGCAACAACUACAACAACAUCAGCAUCAUCACCACCACCAUCACCACCAUCACCAUGAGAAUCAUGAACUGCUUCAUCAGCAUCAUCAUGGGUAUGUUAUUCAGGAGGCGUUGCAGGAUGGAGGAAGCGUGAAUUCGUGGGGGAUGGCUGUUGGUGGGUGAUUUGAUGAUUGCAGGCCUGCAGAUGUUAGUAGUAUGUAGAGUAUAUUGAAUUGAAUACUAUAUAGAUUUAUGAAUAUGAUGUUGAAAUUUAAGCUAUAUCCCAAGUGUUGGAAAAAGCAGAAGUUAUAGUUUUGAUAGGAAAUUUCCAAACUUUUUAUUAUUUCCCAUUCAUCAUAUGGUAAUAUGGGCUUUCAAGCAGAGCAUCCAGAUGAAAUGGAAAGUUUCAAAAAGUGGGAGUUGGAAGGAAUUUCAGAAAGUGCCUUACCAUGGAGAUUCGAUUUUCUUUCUUUAUCACGGAGUUCCACUUCCAUUGUUGAGACUCAAGAGCACCAGCAAUCAAAAGGGAAACCCAGAAACUAUAAAUGUUCGUUGACAAAAGGCGUUCUAUCUAACAGUCUUUUUAUCGAACACUUCUCGUGCAUCAACCAUCCGUCGUCCUCUUCUUCGUAACCAAUCAAGCCAUUCGAAGACGUGAAGCUGGUCCUGACCAAAACCACAUCUAAACCAUGAAGAUGAACAAUCUGAUACGGCCUAGAGAUCCUAGUAAUUACCACGAAUCUACAUGCCGGGAAUCGCCUAAGGGAUAGUUAAACCGUCACCCUAAAGUUCCAAAAUCUCUCAGUACAAAUUCAGACUUCAGAGUAUUUCCAUACUGCUGAAGCCACGCAUUAGCUUUCAGAAUCGAACUCCAUAGCGAUCAUAUUCCCAAAAGCGAAGAGCAGAAACAUGGCGCAUGGAAGCGAGAAGUUUCAUGCCGAAAGAGCAGAGGUGAAGGAAGAGUGUUUCCUUUCCUUCCUCCUCCGGCCGAAAGCUGGUCUGGUUCAGAGAGCUUGGAAAAUUUUUGGGGCAUUUUUGGCGGCAAAUGCGGAUCGGAAAAUUGAUUCGGGGCCUCUUGGCCCAAUGGGAUUGUCCAAUGUCAAGCAAGGUGUGCAAAUUCUUGUUUUGGACUGAGGUUGAGCCCAGUAAGGUGGUAAUUUACAUCUAUCGGGAUUAAACUUGUGACCGGUGGUAACCAAAGUAUUACUACGAGAAAUUUUACAAUGCUAUAUAGUAUUGGUGCUAUAGGUUUUUGUCUUUAUGGUACAAUUUGAAAUUGUACAUUUAAUAUUAUGGUACAAUUUCAGAUUGUACUUAUACUUUUUGUACAAAUUCUUUUAUGGUACAACUUGAACUUGUAUCUUUAUGUGAUGAUACAACUUCAAGUUGUAAAGUUGUACCAUAACAUAAUGAUACAAAUUCCUUUAUGGUACAACCUAAACUUAUACAUUUAAUGUUAUGGUACAAUUUCAAGUUGUACAUUAAAGCACUAAUACUAUAUAACAUAGUAGCAGUGCUCAUAUUAAUACUACAAAACAAAAUGAUCCAUCUGUUAGUGGCUUAGUGCUAGACAUUAGUGGUGUUAUUCCAAGGAUACAUUUUUUUUAAUCUAAUCUAUUUCUUGAAGCUUCCCUCUUAAUACGUCAUGUGUCAUUACCGUAUUUAGUGCUUUGUAUCCUUCUACGGUCUAGUUCCUCAACUGUAUCUUUUGGUACUAGAGGUCGCAAGGCACAUUACAUGAAUUCAGCUGUAGUAUUGUAUUUUCAUCAUUGAUGAUGUCAUAUUUGAUGAUAAAAAUACUUAUUUCAAAAUUUUAGAAAAUUUAUAUAGAAUAGUUUGUCUUAAUUAAUUAUUACUAACAACAUAAGAAAGAAAAAAAAAUUGUAGAUAAAAUAAUGAAAUAUACUCUUAACG